AUGGAUAAGGCCAUUGCCAAACGACAUUGGUCAUACUUGGUGCUCACACCAUUGCGCAUCACAGAGGAUCACCAGCGAAUCGAUCAAUUGUUUGAGGAAUACGUCAGAUUGAUGUUUAGCUAUAUUGACAUACAUUGUUGCUAUGACAACAUUGUUGAGGCCUUUGGUGUGGAAAGACAGCAUAUCAUCGAUGAACAGAUCAAUCAAUGGUUAUUCUCGCCAUUAAUCUACCUAAGUGACAAACUCUUGUAUCUCUCAUCCAUUCCAAACAAACUUCAUACGGAUGGUGGACUGCCAAUCCAUCUUUUAUCUCAUAAGCAGUCACUCUUUGAGUUACUUAUCUCAAACGACAUGACAGACCAGGACUAUACAAACAAUUCUAAAUCAUUCACCUAUAUUCUGGAACAGUUGGGCGACAUUAUCGAGGAGGAUGACAAUCAACAACGGAUGAUUAAUUGCCUGACCAAACAAAAAAGGAUCGACCAUGCAUAUGAACUAUUCCAUAUAUACAUUCGAUCAAUGCACUCCUGCUUCAAUGAUUGUUUCAAGAAUCUAGGAACACAAAACAAGAAUAUACUCAUCAAGUCACUUGGUCUGGAAUAUCCAAAGGGACAUGGUUGGUUGCUAUUGGAUGGAAUUGCACAUUGCUUACAGAUGUUCUCGGAACAAGAGGACAGCUCAGAUGAGUUGGUACAACAGAUGAUUGACAGUCUGAGCAGCUGCAUUGAACAAGUGCAACCAAAUGAUAAUGAUGGUCUUGUGGACACUAUCAGAGGCGCCAUUACACUGUUCGAGCUAUCACAUCAACGAUUGAUCAUAUUUUUUGAGUUGGCCAUGGCAUUCACCAUUCAACAUUCAAAAGGUCUGUGCUACGACCUCAACAUGGAGCUGAUCAGUCGAUACCCAACAGAGAUCAAGAGGUACAUUGAUAAGCAUUGGUGCACAUCAACACAACAAUGGGAGACCAAACAUCAUUUGGACGUAUCAAACAUCCAUUUCUUUGGACUUUGCAAUCGGAUUGGUAUUCUGGACGAUCAACCGCAGUUGAUCAAUCACAUCAUUGAUAGAAACUCCCUAGAUUCUAAACAGAUGAUUGAGUUUAUCAACUCAAACGCCAACAAUAGCUCAACUAUGUGGAUAACACUGGUGGACAAUUUGAUGGGCGAGCGGGACCCAGAAGGAAUGUAUUACAACAUGUCAUAUUUGAAAGAGUUGCUGUCCAACACUAAACAACUGCCCAAGUUGCACCCUGCCGCAGCAUACCAAUAUCUUAAGUAUAUGUGCUGGCAACAGGUGAUUCCCAACUCUGAAGAGACCUAUCACAUGAUAAAACAACAUAUAAUGGAUCGAGUGGAUAUUGAGCAUCCAGAGCUCAUCAACCAGCAUCAACGAUUUAAACAAUACAAGCACAACUCAAUCGCUAAGGAGAACAGGAUAAACAAUGGUAUUCCGAAAUGGAGGAUUGAUCCUGACCAUGAGGUUCUGGACCAAGAGUCAUGGACGAGCACCAUCCCAGCACUGCCACCUCUGCUCAUCACACAUGUUGUCCAGUUGUUGGCACUGGAUGAUCUUCACACGCACUUUGAAUGGAUGGUGAGGCUGUCGUGCGUGUCCAAGCAAUUCCAUCGAUCAGUGAGCACAGUCCUAUCAAACAACACAAUCACAUCAAUGUCCAUCCGCUCGAUGAUCAAAGACAUUGGGUCAGAGUUCUGUCUCCUGCGCAAUCCGCCACUUCACAUUGAUAUCUCCCAGAUGCACUUCAUCCCAGUGGCAUUCAUGCCAACCUGUUUGGAGCGACUUGAUUCAUGA